GGGCUCUGCUCUCCUUGGUCCCAUCAGCAGCAGCGUGUGCCAGGCAGGGAGGCGGAGGCGGAGGCGCCUGUCAUUCCUCUCCCAUCCUCCUGCUGCCCCGCUACUGUCUGGUAAUGCGGCACAGAGGUGUCAUCCAUCCCCUCCCAGAAAGGAGGACGCUCAGCCGGUGUCAGGCAGACCUCCCUCCCCUUCCAGGCUCAGCAUCCAGGAGGAGGCGUACUAGCCGGCCACGUUCUUGCCAGCAACCGCAGUCAUGUCUCAGCAGCAGCAGCAGCAGCAGCAGCAGCAGCAGCACAGGGAGCCGGCAGCAGCCUCCGCCAUCCAGAUCAGCAGGAUCAUGCGUCCUGAUGACGCCAACAUUGCAGGAAAUGUGCAUGGAGGAACCAUUUUGAAGAUGAUUGAGGAAGCUGGUGCCAUUAUAAGCACACGCCACUGUAACAGCCAAUCUGGGGAGAGAUGCAUAGCGGCACUGGCUCGCGUGGAGCGCACAGACUUCCUGACACCCAUGUGUAUUGGAGAAGUAGGUCACGUCAGCGCGGAGAUUACAUAUACUUCAAAGCACUCUGUGGAAGUACAAGUAGAUGUCCAGGCAGAAAACAUAUUAACAGGAGCAAAAAGAUUAACCAACCGAGCCACCCUGUGGUACGUGCCACUUUCUCUAACCAAUGUGGAAAAAGUCAUUGACGUGCCCCCAAUACAGUAUGAAAAGAAGGAAAAAGAGGAGGAGGGAAGGAAGAGAUAUGAAAAUCAAAAAUUGGAACGUUUGGAAACCAAACAAAGGAACGGUGAAUUCAUUAUAUCUGUCGUUAACCCAGAUAGACAAAAUAAGGAUCCAUAUACAGUGGGAUAUAGUCAAUCCAGUCUGAUUCAUUUAGUGGGGCCAUCGGACUGUACAUUGCACGGCUACGUCCACGGAGGUGUUACCAUGAAAUUAAUGGAUGAAGUUGCUGGGAUUGUGGCCUUCCGCCACUGUAAGACCAACAUUGUUACAGCCUCUGUAGACGCCAUCAACUUUCAUCGCAAGAUUAAGAAAGGUUGCAUUAUUACCAUAUCUGGCCACAUGACCUUCACUAGUAACAAGUCCAUGGAGAUUGAGGUGUUUGUUGAUGCGGAUACUUUAAUUGACGACACCCAGGAAAAAUACCGCGCAGUCAGCGCUUUCUUUACCUAUGUCUCCCUAAGCAAAGAUGGUAAAACCCUUCCGGUUCCUCAGCUAGUGAUUGAGACUGAAGAAGAAAAGAAGCGUUUUACAGAGGGAAAAGGACGCUACCUGCAAACCAAAGCCAAGCGACAGAUGAACACGCAAGCCCUGACCCAACAGUAACCGCUUCCCUCCUGGCUGCACAGACAGCGGCCCGGGAAAUAAAGCAUCGGCCAGAACAGCCACUAAGACAGUGUUAUGUGAUGUAACUGAUGUUAUGUUAUGUUAUGCUCUGCACUUGUAUGCGCACUAAGACUCAGCCUGUCUAUAAGUGGGAAUGCAGCAUAUAUGUAGUGAGUAGUAGUAUAACAUGGUGAGGUCUCCGUAGGUAGCAAUACCCAGCAGUAGGGAUUAUCGUUAGUCCUAGCUGACGCUAUAACAUAGAAAUAUGCAGAAAACUAUACAGGUCCAUCUAGUUUGCCUUUUGUGUGUGUCUGGGGGGUGGGGGCUAGUGCUGGGGGCUAAUCUCACUUUUAAAAACUGGCUUCUUCCUCAGGAGUUCCCAACAUUUACUAAUGACAAAGCCAGUUGCUAUACAUCUGACAAACGGUCGCAGCGUAUGCUCUCCAUAGCCUAUUACUCUUGGCCAUCUGCUGGCAGUCUGCCAUCCCUAUACGUGCAUGUAAAACACAAUAUUUAUUUUGGUUUAAGGGAUAACCACCCUGAUUUAUUUUAUUUCCUUCCAUUCCUAAUAAAAGAACAAUUGUGUAGAAAUGCAGGUAAUCAAAUGGCAUUUUCCAUCCAUUGAGCCCCUUCAUAUUUGCCUAGUUACCACUGACCGUGUUGAGAACCUUUCCCUUGACCCAAACACACUGCAAGUCUACUGACCGGUCCUUAAAGUGACCCACAGUGCCUUAUAAACUAGAUUUUGGUCUCUCUGGCUAUAUGCUUAUAACAUCGGCAUAUGGUGACGUUGUCUUCACCAUUAUUCAUAGGACUGUAUACAAGGUGUAUACAAUGAUUCCUUUUGUCCAAUAUUGCCAAAGCCAUAACCCCCUUCCCCCUGCCAUCCCUUGCCAUAAUUCUAGUGUGUCCCAAACCCUCCUUAUUCUCCUCGGACUCACAUCUGCUCGCUUGUUGGGACUGGCACCAGUUUCUAAGCUACUUGUGUUGUGACCCGUAAAAGUUGUUAUAAGACCAGGGAUUGUCCGCACCUGUAAAGUGUACCCCUACCUGCAUAGAGUGGAGGCAACAGUCUGACCUUUGGGCAUUUGAGCCAUUCUGCAGUCCAAGAGUUCACUAGGAACUCACAGAAUCACUGCUCAGUGAUGUCAUUUAGCCAAUGGAUGGGGUGUGUUCUCAUGAAUAUUGUUUCACAUUACAAUAUUGAAAGCUCCACUGUAUGUAGCCAUGGGUAUGUAUUGUAAUCCGUCUCUUCCUAGUCCCCAAAAAUAACCUGAAUUAUUAGGUUUAUAGCCAAUCAAUGUAGGGUUAGCAGCAACCUUGAAGAUGCUUCAGACAUAAACUGUAUAACUAGAAGUGUUACAUUUUGUUUAAACUUUACAACACAAUAGAGUGAACUACAGGCACCACGCUGGAAUUUCUUGCUGAGACCCUAACUACAUACAGUAUGGUACGAGUACCUAGAUUUAUGUUCUUAGUACGAUCAUUAAAUUAUCAUUACAGUAUUCAGCUGCUAAAUUACACCUUAUUUAAUUGCAUUUGCUUGAAGUUAUAGUGCAGUAGAGAGGGUCGGCAAAUACUGGAAAUAAAGUUACAGGGGACCUCUGCCCAGCUACAGUCUCUCAUCUCUUGCUGCCUGCCCGGACACAGAUUACAUUAUGCCUUGACAUUGUCAUGCUGCGGAUGAUGGAACGGUAUCUUACCUUACUGUUUUGUGAUUGAUGGUCCCAGCUGGCUGUCAGCACAUGCAGUCUAUAUACAGAGAGGAGAAGGGGCUGACGAAAAUAUACCAUUGUCAUAGGUGGAGAUCUCCUUUACAGGGAAACCUAUAACAAUGCUCUUGCAAAGCUUUGAAGGACAAAAAGCCACUUGGUAGCCUAUGCGACUAAAGCCCUCAUAUCUCAUCCUUCCGAAGACAGCACCCAUCUGCAAUACGGUAUUGUCAACUUUCCAGUAUGGUACACUUACCUUACCAAUGCCACUGUAUCCUUAGUAACCACUUCGUAUCUGAUUAAUUCACUUUGCAGGUAUGCUGAGAGCCCCUUAGUCCCAAGGACUGGGUCAUAUGGUGGUCACAUGGCUUUCUACGGUUCUAAUAAUGCUUAUGGCUUAUGGUAAGGUACCUGUCAUCUAUUUUCUAAACCAAUGAGUUUUAAACUUGUGGUUCCUUGCAGUUAAAGAGCUGGGUAAGGGUAAAAUGAGUACAGUAAGCAAGUGAUGGCGGAGUUAGUGUGGUACCCCCCAGAGAAGUCACAGAAUUAGACUUUGGCUGGUACCAGGGACCUGGUACAAAGAUAAUAAUUAGUGAUGAUGACACUGCAGCAUUAUCUAGCUACUUCUGAUUGUCUGCUUUCAUAUUGACCCGUCUAUUUGAUAGUCCUCCUUCAUUACCAUCACCCCCAUCUAUUCGGAUUACUUGUCAUUUUCCUUUGGCCUACUGCAGGAAAGGAGUUUACCAUUGGAUGUAUAAAUCUGUAAGAAAAUCUACGUGUAAUGCAACAUACACACGUAACUAAGCAACCGUUCCCUGCAUUUCGAAAACUACUAAAUGAGGGAUCAUCUUCCAACUAAUUAAAACAAGGCAGUCUUGUAGACGAAAAAGUUCUAUAUAACCUUUGAGUCCUAUACAACCUAAAGAAAUCGCUACAGCAUAUCAAUGUGGUGUUAUCACUACCUACCACUAUGCUACUAGGUCGUAGAGGUGCUUUCAAAGUAUUUGUCAACAGAGGCGACCGUUGUUUUCAUAAUAAAUAUGUAAACAUCUGGAUACCAAAUUGUUGGCAGCUACAGAAUUAGUUUUGUUGCAGUUUCUUUUAGUACAGGUUGAGUAUCCCAUAUCCAAAAUGCUUGGGACCAGAGGUAUUUUGGAUAUCGGAUUUUUCCGUAUUUUGGAAUAAUUACAUACCAUAAUGAGAUAUCGUGGCUGUGGGACCUAAGUCUAAGCACAGAAUGCAUUUAUGUUACAUAUACACCUUAUACACACAGCCUGAAGGUCAUUUUAGCCAAUAUUUUUUAUAACUUUGUGUAUUAAACAAAGUGUGUGUACAUUCACACAAUUCAUUUAUGUUUCAUAUACACCUUAUACACACAGCCUGAAGGUCAUUUAAUACAAUAUUUUUAAUAACUUUGUGUAUUAAACAAAGUUUGUGUACAUUGAGCCAUCAAAAAACAAAGGUUUCACUAUCACACUCUCACUCAGAAAAUUCCGUAUUUCGGAAUAUUCCGUAUUUCGGAAUAUUUGGAUAUGGGAUACGCAACCUGUAAUAGAAUGUUUUUUUCCUUUUGGAGUAGUAGUUUGUUAGAAAGUUAUGAUUAUUUUUGAAGAUAUUCACUGUAUAUCUAUUUCUAAUACGAUAAAAAAAAUGGCAAAUAUUUUCCUUUCAAAUAUUUAUGUUUUUAAAGCACACAUUAAAGGAAAUCUAACCCUG